AUGGCACCUCACGCAGAAGACAAUGUCGGCCACGCGAAUGGGUUUGGAAUUCAGACGGCUCCCGCCAAGGAUCUCUUUGUCGUCAACUCUCCCAAUGUCGAGUACACCGAAGACACCAUCAAAAGCAAGUACACUUACCGGACCACGGACGUUACCCAGAACGCCGACGGUAAGUAUGUAGCCAUUCCUAAGGAAACGCUCUAUGACUUCAAGGUCACCCGCAAAGUCCCCAAGGUUGGGGUUAUGCUUGUCGGUCUGGGAGGCAACAACGGAACCACCGUGACCGCAGGUAUCAUCGCCAACAAACGCAAUCUCGUUUGGGAGACCAAAGAAGGAAAGCGCGGUGCCAACUACUAUGGCUCUGUCAUCAUGAGCUCGACCACCAAGCUCGGCGUAGACAGCAAGACCGGCAAGGAGAUUCACGUCCCCUUCCAUGACCUUUUGCCUAUGGUUCACCCUAACGACCUCGUCGUUGGUGGUUGGGACAUCAGUGGCAUGAACCUUGCUGAUGCCAUGGAUCGCGCCAAAGUCCUCUCGCCGUCCUUGAAGUCUCUAGUCCGUAAGGAGAUGAGCACGAUGAAGCCUCUGCCCAGCAUCUACUACCCCGACUUCAUUGCCGCUAAUCAAGAGGAACGUGCCGACAACGUUCUCCCAGGGACUAAAGCCUCCAUGGCGCAUGUCGAGCAGAUCCGUAAGGACAUUCGCGACUUCAAGGCCGACAACGGGCUCGACAAGGUUAUUGUACAAUGGACCGCCAACACGGAGCGCUACGCCGAUCUUCUUGAGGGCAUCAACGACACCGCCGACAACCUUCUCAAGGCUAUCGAGAACGGUCACGAAGAGGUUGCUCCCUCCACCGUCUUCGCUGUUGCAUCCAUCCUCGAAGGUGUUCCGUUCAUCAACGGCUCUCCCCAAAACACGUUUGUUCCUGGUGCUAUCGAACUUGCUGAGAAGCACAAUGCUUUCAUCGGUGGCGAUGACUUCAAAUCUGGUCAGACCAAGAUGAAGUCAGCUCUGGUCGAUUUCAUGAUCAACGCCGGUAUCAAGCUCACCUCAAUUGCCAGCUACAACCAUCUCGGCAACAACGACGGCAUGAACCUCAGUUCUCAGAAACAGUUCCGUUCCAAGGAGAUUUCCAAGUCCAACGUGGUCGACGACAUGGUUGCCGCCAACAAUGUUCUGUACAAGGACGGCGAGCACCCCGACCACUGCGUCGUGAUCAAGUACAUGCCCGCUGUCGGAGACGACAAGCGCGCUCUUGAUGAGUAUUACGCGGAGAUCUUCCUGGACGGCCAUCAGACGAUCAGCUUGUUCAACGUCUGCGAGGACUCUCUUCUAGCCGCGCCGCUGAUCAUUGACCUUGUCCUUGUCACUGAGAUGAUGACUCGUGUUCAGUGGAAGGCGCACAAUGCUGAGACUACCGACUCCAAAUACUCUGGCUUCCACAGCGUGCUGAGCGUCCUCAGCUACAUGCUCAAGGCUCCUCUUACCCCGCGUGGAACUCCUGUUGUCAACGCUCUCGCCAAACAGCGUGCUGCUCUCACCAACAUCUUCAGAGCUUGCGUCGGCCUUGAGCCGGAGAACGACAUGACCUUGGAGCACAAGCUCUUCUAG